AUGAAUUUAGCAAUGCUUGUAUGUGUAUAAAUUCAAAUAUUAAGUUUAGAAAUUUUUACCAAAUAGUUGUAGGGAUUUUUUAUUAUGGACUAAAAUCUAGGACCUAAAUUUAGUUGAUAAUUCUAAUUGUUGUGUACAAUUAUACUUAUUCCAGUUAGAUAAUCUCUGUUUAUGGAAUAUUUAAGCUAAGUUAAUGAAUUAUGACAUAUAUUUUAAUAGAAAAUCGAAUGGUAUAUUGAUUAAAAGUUAAAAUUUACGAUAGUCAUUUUCAAUGGGUUUAAAGUAGAAAGUGGAAUUGAAUUCAAAUUUCUUGGAUCGUGUUUUUAUAUUGAUAAUAUUUGAACGAAUAUCAAAAAUGUUAAUCUAAGUGUGGUGA